GUGUUGAAAUCGGUUUGUCAAAGGGUGGUUGAGUCAGUGUCAACUCCUUAAGUUAUUUUUUUCUAAUUUUAGUCUUUUGGCACGUCAGGUUAGAAAGGGCUGUGUCUUUUCUUAAAAGCCCUUAACAUUAGUCAUUUCUGCUAUUUUGCUACAUGUUCGAAUCUUAUUAGCUGUUUCUCAGACUUCCUUAGGGAAUCUAUUUAAAACCUAAACCAAACCACACAGUAGCGUACCCUAAAUAGCCAAUAAUUUAGCCUUUCUUUCAAGGAAUAGAGAAAGGGACAGAUAUGGAUGCAACUGUUUAGGGUUUGUGAGGUAUCCCUUCAAGCAUGAAGGAUGUUCAAGGGGAAAAAGGAGUUAAUUCAGAGCUAAGCAAUCAGUAAUCAGGUUAAGAUUGAAAAAACUGUUUGUAGACUACUAAUUUUUAUUGUCGCUUUAUCAAAAUGUUUCAACCAGCCUUGUUUGAGAGUCACCAUAUGUUCGAUAUGACGCCCAAGAGCUCUGAAAAUGAAUUAGGGAAUCUUAAAGAUGAUGAUUAUGAUCAUGAAACCAAAUCAGGCACUGAGACCACUGAAGCUCCUUCAGGAGAUGAUCAAGAUCCUAACCAACGUCCUAAAAAGAAACGUUACCACCGCCAUACCCAGCGCCAAAUCCAGGAAAUGGAAGCUUUCUUCAAGGAAUGCCCUCAUCCUGACGAUAAGCAACGAAAGGAACUGAGCCGUGAAUUAGGGUUAGAGCCAUUGCAAGUAAAAUUUUGGUUUCAGAACAAGCGCACACAAAUGAAGGCUCAACAUGAACGACAAGAGAAUUCAAUUCUGAAGGCUGAAAAUGAGAAACUUCGUGCAGAGAACAAUAGGUACAAGGAAGCCUUAAGUAAUGCCUCAUGCCCUAAUUGCGGUGGACCAGCAACCCUUGGUGAAAUUUCCUUUGAUGAGCAACAUUUGAGGAUCGAGAAUGCUCGUUUAAGAGAAGAGAUUGAUAGGUUAUCUGGAAUUGCAGCCAAAUAUAUUGGCAAACCCAUAUCUUCUUUGUCCCAUCUUUCGUCUCAUUUACCUUCACGAUCUCUUGACCUUGGAGUUAGCAAUUUCGGAACGCAAUCGGGCUAUGUAGGAGAAAUGUAUGGAGCUACUGAUUUUCUAAGAUCAAUCACUGGGCCUACUGAAGCAGAGAAGCCAAUGAUUGUUGAACUUGCUGUUGCAGCAAUGGAAGAACUAAUGAGAAUGGCUCAAGCAGGAGACCCAUUGUGGGUUCCUGGUGAGAACAGUACUACUGAGGUGCUUAACGAGGAAGAAUAUUUAAGAGCUUUCCCUAGAGGAAUUGGGCCAAGGCCUUUGGGAUUAAGAUCGGAAGCUUCAAGGGAAUCAGCAGUUGUUAUCAUGAAUCAUGUUAAUCUUGUCGAGAUUCUAAUGGAUGUGAAUCAGUGGUCUACUGUGUUCUGUAGUAUUGUAUCAAGAGCAAUGACUCUAGAAAUCCUAUCGACAGGAGUGGCUGGGAACUACAAUGGAGCCUUACAAGUGAUGACAGCAGAAUUCCAAGUCCCUUCACCAUUGGUUCCAACCCGUGAAAAUUACUUUGUGAGGUACUGUAAGCAGCAUGUAGAUGGAACUUGGGCAGUGGUUGAUGUUUCCUUAGACAAUUUACGGCCUAGUCCAAUAGCAAGGAGUAGAAGAAGGCUAUCAGGUUGUGUGAUUCAAGACUUGCCAAAUGGUUACUCAAAGGUGACAUGGAUAGAGCACAUCGAAGUGGAUGAUAGAUCUGUCCACAGUUUAUACAGGCCACUAAUUAAUUCGGGUUUAGCUUUCGGUGCAAAACGUUGGGUGGCUAUCUUAGAUCGACAAUGCGAACGUCUGGCAAGUUCCAUGGCGAUCAAUAUUCCAGCAGGAGAUUUAUGUGUGAUUACCAGCCCAGAAGGGAGGAAGAGUAUGUUGAAGCUAGCUGAAAGAAUGGUAAUGAGCUUUUGCUCCGGUGUUGGUGCUUCAACUGCACACGCGUGGACAACGUUAUCUGCAACAGGUUCUGAUGAUGUAAGGGUCAUGACUAGAAAGAGUAUGGAUGAUCCAGGCAGGCCUCCUGGUAUUGUGCUUUGCGCUGCAACUUCUUUCUGGCUUCCAGUUCCUCCGAAGAGAGUAUUUCAGUUCCUAAGUGAUGAGAACCAUCGAAGUGAGUGGGAUAUCCUUUCAAACGGUGGUCAAGUCGAGGAAAUGGCUCACAUUGCUAAUGGGCGCGAUCCGGGAAACUGUGUAUCUUUACUCCGUGUCAUUAGUGCAAAUUCAAGUCAAAGCAACAUGCUGACACUACAAGAGAGCUGCACCGACUCCACUGGCUCAUAUGUUAUCUAUGCACCAGUGGAUAUUGCUGCCAUGAAUAUAGUCCUGAGCGGUGGGGAUCCAGAUUAUGUUGCUCUACUUCCUUCAGGUUUUGCUAUACUUCCUGAUGGACCUGGAUUCAGCCCUGGAAUAAUUCUUGAUGUUGGGUCCGGCGGUGCUCUUGUCACUGUUGCAUUUCAAAUCCUGGUGGAUUCAAUUCCAACUGCAAAACUCUCUCUUGGAUCAGUGGCGACAGUGAACAAUCUAAUUAAGUGCACAGUUGAAAGGAUCAAAGCAGCAGUUACAUGCGAGACUGCAUGAUCGAAAGGCCUAUCUUCCGGGAUAAUAUAUAUAUAUAUAUAUAUAUAUAUAUAACGAGGGAAAAAAUGCAAAAAAAGACCAGAUGAUUCAGAAAAUUUAAUGAAAGAAGUCAAGAACGCACCUCACAUGAUCCUUGCCUCGUGGUGUUUUAACAUGGCGAAAGGCAAUUCAUCACCCUGCCAGGGUUAUAGGUUCGGGCAUUGACUUUGGCUUCUCAAAGAUGAAAGUGGAGUCAGUUCUAAUAUGGUUGUUUUCUGUAUUGUUUUAGGAUUAGGGUUAGGGUUAAUGAGGUAGGACUAGAGGCAACUUAAUUAUCUAAUUUGUACUUCUCUCAUCUCUCUCUUUUCAAACAAAGGCAUUAGUAGACUGCUUGUCAUUCUAAUUAACAAGCUUUCCUUUUCUUGCUU